GUCAGUUGAAGAUUGAAGACAAGACCCUGUGAUCUCCUGGCUCCCAGCCCAAUGCACCUUCCCCAGUGCUGCAGGGUACGCUGAGGGUGACCUCUCCCCGCUCCCCACAGAGACAUAGACAAGCUGGGAGCUUCAUGAUGCUUGGCCAGGAUGAUGGGCCCAGGGUUUCCUGGGUUUUGCAGGGACCUCUGUUUACUUUGGCUGCCCUAGAUUUUGCCUGCAGACUAGAGACAUGGUGUGAUGGAUGCAGGAAGAGAUGCGACAUCAUCGCUUCCUCUAGCUGGAGCCACUAGCUGAGUUCCUCAUUUGGGGCUCGGUGGAGCUGUGCACCAGGUGUUGGUGGCAGUGCUGAGGGGCCCCUUGCUGCCCCCAUCAUGGCGUUUGCUCUCACCAUCCUCCUCCUCGAGCCCAAACCCAACAUCUCCCUACGCCCCAGUGCGGGGGUCGCCCCGGGGGGAGCUGUGACCAUCCGGUGUGAGUGUCGGUGUCGUGGAGUGAGGGUCCUUCUGAGUAAAGCUGGAGACCUGAACGCACGGCGCUCGAUGGACCCCGUGAGGGACGUGGCUGAGUUUCCCAUCCGCAUUGUGAGCCAGGGAGACGCAGGGAACUACAGCUGCCAAUAUAGCACUAAGAGGGACCCAUUGCCCGUCUGGUCGGAGCCCAGUGACCCCGUUGAGCUGGUGGUAGCAGGGGGAACCGACCCAACUCAUCCAGGAACGGUGCCGGCUCCCACGCGCCCAGGCAGCCCUGGGCCAGGGGGAUCAGAACUGAAGCUGAGCAUUCCCAUCAUCGCCGGGGUGAGUGCAGCGGCCGCCGGCCUCCUCCUCCUCCUUCUCCUCCUGGCCUUCAUCUGCUACAGAAGAUCCGGAGGAGGGAAAGGACCAGCCCCGAGACAGAGCAGGGAGUCUGAGGCUGCAACCACAGUCUAUGCCCUCGUGGGCGAAGGAAACCAGCUGGAUGUCCUGACCCAGGACCCCGGUGCCGAGGGACUCACCUACGCAGAGCUGGAUGGCCAGGCGCUGCAGGCCAAGCGCCGGGGGCCGGCCCCUGCCCCUGAGCCUGCCCUGUAUGCCACCAUCAACAUGAGCCGGGGCCCCAUGGGCAGAUCCCCUGGGAUGCAGGGGCGCCCCCCACCCACUCCUAUAGCGUGAACCCAGGGGGCACCAUUGGAGUGACGGGGCAGGGAGCAUCGGCCACCAGGGGGUGACAGAGUGAUCCCC